AUGGUCUCCAUUAGCCAUCCGAGUCCGAAGGCUCCGCCUCUGCAGAUGUGGGGACAGAGCGCCGCCGCUAGGAGCCUGCGGCCGGUGCUGCUGCUGUCUGCUGUUUCUGGGGUUCCGCUGUGUCGCUGGCGCAGCACCCCACUCGCUACCUGCAGACGCGCCUACAGCCUAGCCGUCACGAUGGGGGUUCUCUACCUAGGUUUCAGAGCACUCCAGAAUGCUGUUUUCGUUGCCAGUGACAAAUUUUGGCACCGCAUUACAGUGCCAGGUAUCGUCAUCAGCACAUUGAUGACUGUCAUGACAGCUGGCUCCAUCCUUGUCUUGCUCAGUCAAUGCAAGAAAUCAUUUGUGGAAUUCAUUGAUGACAUAGAACACAUGGACACAUUACUCGGGCGUUUCCCACAGCGAUGUGAUGUGAAAGUAAGACUUUUCCUGACUGUAAUGCCAGCAUUCAUUCUUACUCUUUCGAUUGCUGCCGUCACUCAGUGUCUGUAUUAUCGAGAUAAUUACUUCUUAGCUACCACCAUUGACAAUUUCAUUAUAUUUGUGAUCUUGCUACAGUUCUUAUCACUUUGUUUGAUACUAGGACAAAAAUUUAAAUCAGUUAAUCAAUCAAUGACGGCCGAUAUCCGUUAUGAAUUCAUGGAGAAAGGAUCACAAGAUUUAAUAACCCUGCUGCGUAGAUAUAACGCUCAUUCUUUUUUCACAGUGAACCAGUUACGGCCUACAAACCAAAUCUUAACAUCCUUAAGUGAUCGAAUUGUUAAGAUUCAAGUAUUUCACUUGAAGUUAAGAAAAUUAGCUUCAUCUUUAAAUGAUGUAUAUGGCCCAAUUCUUACAAUGCUUGUAAUACAGAAUCUCGCAGUUACCAUAGAGUGUGUAACCUACGUCAUUAUAUUUGUUUCGUAUAACGUUAAUGUGCGAACGGUAGAAAAAGUAACUUGUUUACUCAGUAUAGCUGUAUUAGUCCUACAAAUAGCGUCUCUUGUGACUAUAUGCCAGUCCACAUCUUCAGAAGCAAAGAGAACAGCAACACUCGCUGAAGAUUUGUCCACGUUGAAUGUUGCAGGUGGCGGCAGCGAACAGCUGACACGGCAGCUGCGGCAGCUGUCGCACCAGGUGCGCCACAGCCCCGUCUCCUUCAGCGCGUGCUCCCUGUUCAUGGUGGAUGGCCGGCUGCUCACAGGAUACGUGGCUGCAGUUGUCACGUACGCCAUCAUCCUGAUGCAGUUCACUGUGGAGUAG